GGGAGACGCGUGUGUGUGUUUUGCGUGUGAUAAUUUAUUUAUUUUCCCGUUCCGUUUGUUUAUGCACAGUAAUUUAAGUUCAGUUUUUAGCACAGGCGCAGGACCAGCGAAGGCUGCACCUAGCCAUGGAGCCCCCCGCUGCUGGCAAUCUGCUGGAGAUCAUGGACCUGGCCCGCACUCUCCGCCAGGAGCAGCUCUUCAUCCAGCAGGAGCAAGCGGCCUUUGCCCAGCUCACUGGAGCCUUUGAGACCAAUGCAGGGACCAUAACCAAGUUGGCCUUUGUGUGUGCCCAGCAGCGGCAGAUACUCAAUGAGCUGCUCCUGGCGCGCACAGAUCAGGAUCCGCUGCUCUUCUGCCGCCGAGCGAGUGCCUACGAUAGUGCCCAGUUCGUGGACGCCAAGCAGUUGCUGCCCUAUGAGCACGCAUUGGCCUACGAAGAUCUGUUCAACUACUUGUACAAUACACCUUAUUUGUUGGCCCUAUCCCUGGCCACCGCAGAUCGCUUAUCCCUGCUCUCGGCCAGCCAGCUUGGCCAAAUAAUCAAUACCAUAGCGACGGGCCUGUAUGGCAAUGCCAUCAAUACCAAGGAUGUGGAACUGCUGCUUAAAUUGCUGCGGGAACUGAUUGAAAUUCAAUUGCUGACCAGCGAACAGCCCAGGCGUUUGCUGAGAACCAAUAGCAGCUCCUUUGCCCGACUUUAUCAGCGAUUGGUUGAGAGUCUGUUCUCGGCGAGAAUUUUCCUAACCGCCGCGCUCCAUGCGCCGCUCAUGAGUGUGCUGAGUGAGCACGAGAUUUGGCUGGAUCUGGAUCCGCACAAGCUAAUGCAGACCUUCACGCCCAAGGAGCGGGAGAAGCGCUUUGGACGCGAGGGUGAUGAGGAAUACCAGCGAAAUGUGGCUCGCUUUCAUGCGGAAACUUUGGGCAAGCUGCACUCCCAUGUCCAGGAGUUUGUGAAGAGUUUGCAGCAGAGCUGGGCGCUAUUUCCCAGUUCUCUCAGAUGGCUACUCCAAACACUGAGCCAACAGCUCCGGCAGUCGUUGCGCCACGAGGAGCAGGAGAUCCGCCAGCUGCUCACCGACCUGGUGUUUACACACUUUAUUUCACCAGCCAUUGCCAGUGCUGAUCUCCUGGGCAUUAUCGAUGUUAAUGUGAGUGAACGAAUGCGGCACAAUCUCAAUCAGAUUGUUAAAUUGCUUCAGCGACUGGCACUUAACGAUGAGGACAGCGAACUGGUGCAGCUGAUGGACCUCUUAAUGCUGGGACAGACUGGCGAAGAUGUGGUGGCCAUAUUGCCGCAACAAAGUGACUUCGAGCGUUCCCAAUUGGCGAUCAAUCAAAGGGAGCUGGCGCAGCUCGUGGAGUUCUUUCGUUUACUAACUGCCAGGGACGAAUAUGACAUAUCCGUCGAGGAGAGGCAGCGGCUGCAGAGGAUUCUCGGCAGGAUACCCAAGCAGCAGGUGCAGCAGCAGCAGCAGCACCAACAGCAAACACCCAAGGAUGCGACAGAUUCCCGAGAAAGUCCGGAGAAGAGCAAGAAAAGCAAUAAGAGUCUGAUGAGCCUAGGCAAAGCCAAAAAGAAACUGGCCAAAGGCAUGAGUUUCAGCAGUGGCAGUAGUAACCACAAUCCGGUUCCAGUCUCAGAGCCAUUGACCAAUGGCCAGGCCAACACCUCGAAUGGCAGCGGAGGACUGGGUGCUGAUCUCGAGCACUGUUCCUCGCACAGCGGCAGCAACACCAGCUUGAGUUCCUGCGGAGCUAACAUGCCAACUACAAAUGAUCACCUGGACAUGUCCGCCUCGUCGGAUCCCGUAUUGGUAUUCAGCCUCUAUAAUGCGGGAGCAAAAAGCAAACUGAAACCGCUAACAGAGGAGGAGGUCUUGAAGAUGAACAGCAUCGGUCAGGAUGGCAGUAAUCUGCUGCCAGCGGUGGUCACCACUGCUCCUUUGGCGCCAUCUUCGAACAACGACGAUGUGAGUAGUCUGGAGGCCAUGCGACGGCCGCAGGAUGAUGCAUCGAUAGGAAAUUCGGAUAAUCUGGAGGCUAUAAGUGAGGCGGCACAUUCAGUUGCCAGUUCGCUGGACUUGGAGGAGCAGCAGGAGCGAGAUGUUCACGAAAACGAGGACAAUCUCUCCGAUAUGGUUUCGGCCAAUGUGUCGGGCAGGGGAACACCGAACAUCAGUGGUCGGGAUACACCGUCAUCGCAGGUAACUGAUGGUGAUGGUGCUGGCGGGGAUUUGGGCCAUCAUCAUGGUGUUCACGCCCGGGCAGCUGCCAAUCCCCAAAUGCAAAAGAUGCUGCUAUCCAAGGCCAGAUCCGACAUCGAGGAUAAGUUCUGCAAAUUCGAGCUGAAGAAAUUCGAGGGCGACGAAAAUGUGAGCAUCAUAUCCGAUACGUGGUCCACGGAUGUGCUGGCCUCCGAUUCGGAGAACACAUUGGAUGCCACAGUGAGCGAACGCGGAGAUAGGGAUAGAAAUUUCUCCACACCCCUGAUACCCUCCGCCGUCGUCCUGCCCGGCGAUAACAAUUUCGUUGUCGAGGCUUUGGCCAGAGCUGGUCGCGUCUCGGGCGUCCAUGGACCACAGUUGGAUGCAUCCGAUCAGCGAUCGGAGAGCAAUUGGAGCACUGAUGUCUUGGCCAGCGAUUCGGAGAAGCUGGCUGAAAUAGACACCGAUGACAAUGUUUCCAUUACAACCAAAUCGGAUACGACGGCGCCACAGGCAGCGGUCCUCGACGACGACGAUGAGGAUGAGCAGACGCCCGGCAGCAGUGGCGAUGGUGACCCCGAUCCGGAUCGUGGAAACGGCAGCGAGCGUAGCCAGGAGGAUUCGGCCUUCUUCGAUGCCGUCAACUCCUAUGAGGAUGCCAAUCUGUAUCAUGGCGCCUCUUCGCUGGCCAGAAGCUCGGUGCGGACCAGCUAUCAUGUUCUGGGCGGCGAGAGCAGUUUCCAGCAGCAGUACAAGUGCAGCGGAGCAGAUUCCAGUGGUCGCAAGACCACCCCGCUGAUGGGUACAUCCUGCAUGCGUCGCCAAACGUCCGCGGAGAGCAGCAUUAGUAAUCAGAGCCUGAACUUGGAGGAACCGCCACCGCCGAUGGGCAAGCAUCAUCACCAUCACAGAGAGCAUCAUCAUCGCGACUACCAUCAUCAUCACCGGGAGAGGGAGAGGGAGCGGGAGCGUUCGGCACUUAAGAAGAAGAAACACCAGCAGCAGGAGAAGGAGCAUCGCGAUCUCAUCGAUUUCAGCGACUGCAGCGAGGACAAAGAAGAGCUGGCGAGGAAUAGGGAUGAGGAGCAGCCACCUGGGUUGGUGCAACAACUGCUUGAUAUGAUUAACCAGGAUGAACAGACCGGCGCAGUUUUAAGUUCCUCGCCCAAUGUGGAACAUCGUCGCAUCUCCAUUGAACAACGCUCGGCCAUCAUAGAUGGUCGGAGAAAUGGCAUUCUGGCGGGCAGUAUGCGGCGCCAUCAGAGCUUGAACUACGAGAAUCAUGAGAUUAUGCUGAACUCCAUGUUGCCCAAAACCGACGAUGACAAGCAGGAGAUGCUACUUUGUGUGCAGACGCAGCAAAUGCAGCUGGAGGAGCGAAGAGGAUCAGCCGGUUUAGGGCCAGAGGUGGACGGAGCUGGCGGAAUAGCAGCGGCUGGAGGAUCGGGCCUGAAGCCACCCACCAAGGCGACCGGAGCCAUACCAAAGAGCAUUAGUUUCGACGCCAGUGCGGACAAGGACAAGCAGGCGUAUCAUCGGGACGGGGAACGGGAUCGCGAAAGAGACAGGGAACGGGAACGUGAUCGAGAAAGAGAUCGGGAGCGAGAUCGCGAACGGGAUCGGGAGCGAGACCACCACGGUGCUGGCAUAUUCAACAAGCUUAGGCAGGGCAUCUUCAAGAAUCGGCGUGGAGCCAGCGCCAAGAAUGCAAGCAACCCCAUUAACCAAUCGAAUCCUACGGCCAGCUCUUCUAGUGUCCAAGCGGAUAUUCGCAGCGUUAGCUUCGAUCCCAGUGCCGGAUGCGAUAACUUCGGCACCCACUACUGUGAUACGAGCGAGGACAUCCUGGCCAAGUACCGGCGCAAGGUGAGCAGCUCCAGCGAGGCAACCAACUCCGAUUCCACGGGCAAUGGCCAUGGUGGAGGGCCGACGGGAUCCGGAGGAGCAGCUGCCCAUCUGCAUAAUCACAUGAACGGAGGGCAAAUUCCUGGCGUGGUCUUUGGCUGUGUGAAGCAGAAGCUGCGCACGGUGCUCUCCCGUACGGAUCUGCAUAGUGGCGAUUUCCGUCAAACAUCGACCACGUCGACAACGAUGGCCACACCGCUACAGAUCUACCUGCAGAUCCAGCUGGCGCAGUGCAUCAGCCUGCAGCGAUUACCACAGAUCUCGCACGUGGCCGAGGCCCUGCGCUGUUUGGCCCAAUUGGAGCGACCGCAGCAUGGCCAGCUGCUGGCCGAACUGCAGCGGGAUCUGGAGCGACGACAAAGCUACCUGCAGUACCUGAUGCGACACAGGCAACAGCUCCUGCUGCGAUCGGAGCAAUUGGAGCAGCUGGAGGCACGAUUGCGCGGCGAGGCGCGCAGCAGCCAGAGAUGUCUGCUGCAGGCACUGGUCCGGAUGUAUCUGGCCUGGGCCCGUCAGCAGGAGAAGCUGGAGCAGUUCCAAGCGGAGUUCGCCCAGCUGCGGGCCAGCGAUGAACGCGUCGAGCUCACCGAGGAGUUUGUGGAGUCCCUGCUGCAGGAGCUGCGCUCCAGUGCCGAUCUGCAGGACGAGUGGCAGGUGGACGCUGCACGCGUGGCCAUCGAGCGAAUGCUGCUGGAGCAGAUGUACGAGCAGGUGAUGUUCCCCAACGAGGAUGCCGAUGUGUCGCGGGACGAGGUGCUCUCGGCGCACAUUGGCAAACUGCAGCGCUUUGUGCAUCCCGCCCAUCCGUCGCUGUGCAUCGCCCAGGUGUAUUUGGGCGAGGCUCCGUGGACGUUUGCCCAGCAACAGCUGUGCCACAUGGCCGCCUACAAGACGCCGCGCGAGAAGCUGCAGUGCAUCAUCAACUGCAUCUCGAGCAUCAUGAGCCUGCUGCGCAUGUCCAGUGGUCGGGUGCCCGCUGCGGAUGAUCUGCUGCCCGUGCUCAUAUACGUAGUGAUAAUGGCCAAUCCCCCCUAUCUGCUGUCCACCGUGGAGUAUAUCAGCUGCUUUCUGGGCAAAAAGCUGGAGGGUGAGGACGAGUUCUAUUGGACGCUCUUCGGAUCCGUGGUCAAGUUCAUCAAGACCAUGGACUAUCUAGACUAGCGAUAUUUGUUAAGGGUCUAGGUGAAUGUAUUUGUAGAUUUGUUUAUCGCUUUGUUGUAGCCAUUACACCAAUCUCCCAUCCCACUCUCUCCUCCAGUCGAUAUUUUCCAUAUUUAUAUAUGUAUAUGUAUAUGUAUGUCUGUGUCUGAUAUUUGUGUAAAAAUUUGUUAAAAACCAUAGUCUAAGUGCAAAAACUGCGGCAGAUGUGCGAAGCGAUCCAAGUCGAAUCGAAGUGGAAACGGAACACCAAUCAGUGGGAGAUGCCGAUGCUGAAGAGGAGAUGUCUAGGUUAAGCUUAGCAUUGAACGCUAGAAGGCCUCGCCUUACGGAUAUCCACGAUAUAUAUACAUACAUAUAUAUAUAGUGAACUAGAGAGCAUAUUCUUCUAUUUAUAUAUACACGUACCAUACAUACAUACAUAGAUAUAUGCAUGUUUAUCGGAUCGGUCUAGCCACUGUCAUAAGUAUGUUUCGGAAACGAACUGCAACUUAAUAUUCCUUAUUGUGUAACACAAAAUUAAAAGCCAAUAUUAUUUCAAA